AAGCAAUGGAACAAAAAGGUUUAUUGUUGUCUGCGUUGGGUGUUGGGGUUGGGGUAGGGAUGGGGCUCGGAUUGGCCUCGGGUCAGAGCAGUUGGACCGGAGGCAGUUCGGCCGCAUCGAUCGGUCCCAAUUUGGAGGAUAUGGAGAAAGAAUUGAUCCGCCAGAUCGUAGAUGGCCGAGAAAGUCCUGUCAGAUUCGAUGAGUUUCCCUAUUAUCUCAGUGAGCAGACUCGUGCAUUGUUAACCAGCGCUGCCUAUGUUCACUUGAGACAUGCUGAUGUCUCCAAGUACACAAGGAACCUUGCCCCUGCUAGCAAAGCCAUCUUGCUCUCGGGACCUUCGGAGCUUUACCAGCAAAUGCUUGCCAGAGCUUUAGCUCAUUACUUCGAAUCAAAGUUGCUGCUGUUGGAUGUAACUGACUUUUCCUUAAAAAUUCAAAAUAAAUAUGGAACUUCCAAGGAAUCUUGUUUCAAAAGAUCUUCUUCGGAAUCGACACUAGAGCUAUUGUCUGGCCUGUUCAGUUCAUUUUCACUCCUUCCACAAGAGCAACCUACAGGUACAUUGAAGCGGCAAAGCAGUGGUGCGGAUCUUGUAGCAAGGAGAAACGAAAGCCUUCCAAAGCUUCGUAGGAAUGCCUCUGCAUCAGACAAUAUAAAUGCCCUUGCCUCUCACUCUUCUCCUGCAAAUCCAGCUGCUGCUUCUCGAACAAGCGGUCUGUUUUUCGAUGAGAAGUUGCUUAUACAGGCUCUUUACAAGGUGUUGGUUUUUGUGUCGAAAGCCGCUCCCAUUGUGCUGUACCUUAGGGAUGUUGACAAGCUCUUGUUUAGAUCACAAAGGUUUUACAAUUUCUUUCAACAAAUGUUAAAGAAACUGUCUGGAAAUGUGUUGAUCCUCGGAUCACGAGUCGUCGAUCUCGGUAACGAAAACCAAGAGUUGGACGAGAGGCUUCACAUCCUUUUCCCUUACAACAUUGAGAUCAGGCCACCGGACGACGAACGCCAUCUUGUCAACUGGAAAUAUCUACUGGAAAAGGACAUGAACAUGAUCCAAACUCAGGAUAGUAAAAAUCACAUCAUGGAGGUGCUCUGGGCUAACGAUCUCGACUUCGAUGAUCUCAAUUCGAUCUGUGUUGCAGACACGGUGGCACUCAGCAGAUACAUAGAGGAAGUCGUGGUCUCGGCGAUAUCUUAUCAUUUGAUGAACAACAAGGAUUCCGAAUACAGAAACGGAAAACUUAUUAUAUCGUCAAAAAGCUUGUCAUAUGGAUUGAAUUUAUUCCAGGGGAAGUUUGGUGGUGAUAAGUUAAAGCUGGAACCACAAACUGAAAGAUCAAAGGAAGUUGCAAAAUUUUCUGCAGUUAUGAAGCCGGAAUCGAAAUCCAGAACCGGGACUGGGACCACCACUACGAGUACAACCACGAUCACAAAUCCAGAAAAGAUUGACAUUGAAAUUUCUGCUCUAGCCGUGAAAGUUCCUGAAGUUGUUCCAGACAACGAAUUCGAAAAGCGAAUAAGACCCGAGGUCAUACCACCAAACGAGAUCAAUGUGACAUUUGCCGAUAUCGGUGCCAUGGAUGACACGAAAGAAUCUCUGCAAGAGCUAGUGAUGCUUCCUCUACGAAGGCCAGACCUUUUCAAAGGUGGCCUUCUGAAGCCUUGCAGGGGUAUACUGUUAUUCGGUCCUCCCGGAACAGGGAAAACAAUGCUAGCGAAAGCCAUUGCUAGAGAAGCCGGUGCGAGCUUCAUUAAUGUAUCGAUGUCAACCAUUGCUUCUAAAUGGUUCGGAGAGGACGAGAAAAACGUCCGAGCGUUGUUCACAUUGGCAGCCAAGGUCUCCCCUACUAUCAUAUUUGUAGUGUAG